GAAAGUUGUGUCGACUGGGCGGGUAGACAGGGACCUACAGACAGCGCUGCCUCUCAUUUUUCGACUUUUUAAUCACAGUUACAAUUACUUUUAAGACGUACCGUCAACAUGUCUAACAACAACGCCAGCAGUAACUUGGUGGUAGCUCAAAGAGCAGUGAAACAGCUACGGUUGGAGGCCAGUGUCCGGAGAAUCAAGGUUUCCCAGGCUGCGGCCGACCUGAAGAACUUCUGUCUGCAGAACGCGCACAAGGACCCCCUCCUGAUGGGAGUACCCUCCAGUGACAACCCUUUCAGACCCCCCAAGUCCUGCACCCUGUUCUGAGCUGCAGACACUGUAUAUAAAGAUGUUCUUGCUGUAUGUCCCAUGGAAGCCCCUUUCUCACCUCUCCUGGCUCUUUCUGUUGCUGGUCCAUUUCAGCACUACAGUUUUCCCAACACUAUCCUCUGGCCUGCUGUCCCAGAUCAGUCGGACCAAGGCGGACAAAUAACCAUGCCAGCACUGGCUUGACGAGAAAAAAUAGAUCCUGGAAACCGGGCUAAAAAAUCACCACCUCUCCGUGUAUUAACAAAGGUUAGCCUGGUAGUGCCAAACAACAUACUUGUGUAUUCAGUGUGUUUAUCAGAUACCCUUUUUGUCAUAACAAUAGCAUUGUAUUGAGGUUGCAGAAUUUUAAUAUUUUCAGGAACGUUUUUAAGAAUUUCAGGGAAAAUUACCCUAGAGAAAUGCUGAGUCCUUUGUUUAGUAUGUAUGGAUAUUGUGGGUAGUUUCUGGAAAAUUUACUGUAAUUUUGCUCUAUUGUAUCUAUGCACUGUCCUUUCCACCAGUGUGAUCCAACUGCAGGAGAACAGCCAGUGAAUGUGCCUUUGAUGAAGACUAUGUCCCAAGUACUCCCCCUAUUUCCUAUUUAGGUCACUCCAAUAAAUAGGGAAUAGUGUUUUAUUUGGGAUGCACUGUAUGUGUAUACACCACAGGCCUUUGCAUACAACCCAACGCCUGACCAACCAUUGAAUGUUUAACCAGGCAAUGUAUUGAUAUAUUGUCUACAGGUCUGGCCAAUUGGCUGAUGUGCUUUUCUAUGUAGCUUGCAUUACACAUACAGAAUACUUCCUGGUACGACCCUACACAUGGUACAGAACCAUGGAAUUAGAAUUCUUAGAUUUAAUUUAUAAUUACAUUUUUUAACUAGCCACAUAUGCCCAGAUGUAGGUUUCAUGAUGGCCUAUUAUAUUGUUCUUUUUAACUUCCAUCCUUCCAUUUUAAAUCUGCAUUCUUGUCACACUGCUCAUUGAACCAGGAAGUCAGUCAGAACCAACACACUUGGAGUACAAUGCUUCUCCAACAAACAAAAACAAGUUAAAGUGCAUAAGAUGGAGGAAUGUGAAUAAUGUCAGCAUUUUAGGAUCAGACCCACAUACGUUUUAAUCUGGAGCAUCUGACAUGGUUGAAUGCGCUUGUAUGUCAGAACAAUUAUGUAUUUUUGUUGGGGGGGAGGGGGGGGGGGUUGGAGUUAGAAUUGGGGUUAUGUGUAUUGUUUUAAUGUCAAUACAAAGUAACAGCAGGUAUUUGUAAUACAGCAAAGUUCACAAAUGAGGCCAGCAACUUCAUGGAUCGUCGUCUCUGAGGGACGCAAUGCAACCCCAUCACACAUUCCCCCUCACCCACCCCAAACUUCGCUGAGCCAAUUUGCACUGCCCUCUGUGAGGCUCCAGGGCACUGACAGUAUGCUAGGAUAGGGAUUAGAACCCAGGUUGAAAUGAUACUGCUGCACUGUGAAGUGUUGAUGUAGUAGCUUUAUUGAAGGGUUGUUAAUUUCCAUGAUAUCGAAGUGAUCCGAAGUUGAAAUGUUGUGUUCCACUGUACUGUUCUAAAUACGGUUUUGGCCUGGCCUUUGUCCUGAGACUAAAUUCCUGUCUUUCUCACCGUCCCCCCAGUGCCCUGAAUUCAGGCACACAUCAUACUACUGCUACAGUAAAUAGAAAAGUAUUUAACAUAAACAACACUAAAUUUAUUUCCAAAUACCACAGCUGGUACUUCAGUGUUUCAGGUUUACAGAUAAGCCAAUUCUUCCUUAUAAUUUACUUUAUAUGAUAACAUCAGCCUUCUGCGUUUAUCUUCCCAGCAUUGAACAGUAAGCAUGCCUGUAGCCUAGCUACCUGCCUUAAAAUAAUUUCUAAUGUAAUAUUAUGACACUCAAUCCUAUGCUGUGCCUUUAACUGACGUUGUAACUAUGUUUUUAAAGUGUGUUUCCAGUAAAUUACUUUUUAAAUCAA